AUGCUGAUAAAUGCCUAUGGACCAACAGAGUGUUGCAUCUUCUGCUUGACUCACCAGAUCGUUCCCGAGGACAUCAAAGUUGGCUCCGUCAGCAUCGGCAAACCGAUUGGUCACACGAUUGCAUAUGUAGCUGACGAUAAUGGUAACCCAACUGAUGAAGGCGAGCUCUGGAUUGGCGGCGCUGGUGUUUCCCCGGGAUAUGUCAACCAACCCGAGAAGAAUGCUGCUUCCUUCACAACGGUUGAAGAUUUAGUGACAGCAUCAGGUGAUCCCAUCAGGUUGUACCGAACAGGUGAUAUCGUCCGACGUCGGCCAGAUGGACAGAUUGAUUACGUUGGGCGCUCUGAUCAUCAGGUCAAGAUCCGAGGAUUCCGAGUUGAAUUGGGCUCGGUCGAAGCCGGGCUCCUGAAAACUGGCUUUUUCUCCGAUGCCGUGGCGAUGAGAAUUGAACCACCCCAGGAUGGGGCCGGUUCAAUACUAGUCGCGUAUGCUGUACCUGUGGACAGCUCUAAGCCUGUGGGGGUUGAGGAGGCAUUGGCAGUCCUUCGCACGAUUCAUCCGGAUUAUAUGAUUCCUCAGCUGCAAUUGAUCGCCAGUAUGCCUCUCAAUAGCCACUCCAAAGUGGAUAGAAAAGGGUUAACGGAGCUGUACUGCAAGCGAUGGAAGGUGGAUUCACUAUCAAAGCCGAAAGAUGGGCCCAAAGACACCCGUUCGAUACUCGCUGACCUUUGGGCUUGCAUUCUUGCAUCCCCUGCCGAUUCAUUCCAGGACGACGAUAAUUUCUUCAGCCAUGGAGGAACAUCGCUUCGAGCGUCACUGUUGAUCAGCCAGAUCCGUCGCACAUUUGGCUCCGAAGUGUCUCUGCUGACUCUCUAUGAUAACCCAACCCUGGAAGCCCUGACAUCAAUUAUCCAAGAGCGCCAGAACGGCCAAUUCGAGACAGUUCGUAACGAGAGUGACUUGUGGGUAGCCGAUACAAAGAUUGCGGAUGGCCUCUCUUGCACAGCAGGGCUGGCAAUCGACUGGACUCGUGACACUGAAGGUCGUAUCUUCUUAACUGGAGCCACCGGAUUUGUGGGAUCAUUCAUGUUGGCAGAUUUGCUACGCAUGCCCCAUGUCCGUCAGAUCGGGUGUUUGGUACGUGCAAAGGACGCAACAGUUGGUCUACAGCGUCUGCGCACCGCAAUGGCCAAGUAUGAUCUCUGGGAGGACAAGUUCUCUGAAAAGUUGUUAGCUCUGCCUGGUACACUGGAGGAUGACUUCUUAGGCAUGGGACCAGACCGGUUUGAGGAGAUUGCCAAUUGGGCCAGCGUAGUAUUCCAUCUAGGAGCUCGCGUCAAUUAUACUCAGCCAUACUCUCUGCACCGCCCUGCCAACACGUUAGGUACCUUGAAUGUUUUGAAACUGGCAUUCAAAGGGCGGACAAAAGCGGUACACUAUGUAUCAAGCAUCUCCUGCUUCGGACCAACUGGCUUUGUGACCGGCGUGAAAAGAGUACGGGAAGAUGAAUCCCUACUGCCACACCUCGAAGCCCUCCCCUAUGAUCAUGGUUAUGCUCAAAGCCAAUGGGUCGCAGAACAGCUCUUACGCCGACUCAUCGAUCGUGGAUUUCCUAUUGCCGUUUAUCGACCAGGAUUCAUUACUGGUCAUAGUCGAACGGGUGCCUGCAAUCCGGAUGAUUUCUUUAGCCGGUUGAUUCAUGCAUGUCAGGAGAUGAAUUGCUACCCACAGUUGCCGAACCAACGCAAGGAAUUCGUCCCCGUUGAUUAUGUCAACUCUGUAAUCUUACAUAUUGCCUCAUCACGGUCAUCUCUAGGCCAUGCCUAUCACAUUGUCCCCCCUAGUAGGGAAACCUCCAUUGAUAUGGAUGAUUCAAUGGACAUGGUUGGUGAGUGCGGCAGUGGUCCAAUGCUGGGCGUUUCGUACGCGGAGUGGGUUAAGCGACUAUCCGCAAAUCCACCUAAACGUCUGCAACCACUGGAGCCUAUGCUUGCAGAGAGGGUGAAGAACGGCUUGACCCGAUGGGAACUUUACGAAAACAUGCCCGUUUACGAGACAACCAACACCAUGGAAGCCCUUGCAAAUUUCCCCGGUGGUCUCGAGUUUCCGAUUCUAGACAGGGACCUGAUGAAGAGAUAUUUGAAUCAUCUCCAAGUGAAAAUGGAGCAAUGA